AUGGUGGACACCAAACGACGAGACAGGCAUUGGAAUGCAACAUUUGUUGACUACUCUUCGCAUCUUUUGCCUGAAGAUGCAGAUUAUCCACUACAGCAUCUUACAAGUUCUGCAGAUGGUCGUGUACUUACUGUUGACUCGCGUUCCGGCUUGGUACUUUGGCAACAUGAUUUUGACAGCGUGAUUGUAAACAUGUAUUUGCUCAAAGAUGAUGGAAUGCAUCGACUACCUAGUACUGCAAUUGGAUUAGAAACAUUUGAAUUGCUUCUACAGGUUGGCGAUAGUAUACAUUUUAUUUUAAAUUUAUUAUUUGUACAAUAUUAAACAAAAGUUAUAGUGAAAGAGAUCUGAAUGGAUCUGGUCCAGAGAGAGAGAUUGGGUUUCUUAGUCUUUCUACAUUCUGGACCAGCCCAAAAUGUUUUGAAAUUUAAUCCAUGACCUUGCACGUGCGUGCCAAGUUUUCUUCUCUUACGUCUUUGUAGAUUAGCGUCCGCGUUUUACUGAAUGUU